UUUUCUCUUUCCUCCUUCGGACCUUCGCCUUCUCUCAACCUCUCACUGUAUUUUGAUCGUCUCUUCGCGCGUGAAUCCCCACGGGUGUGAGGAAUCCAUGGAUUCUUCAAGCGAAGUUCCUGAUCAAUUAUUUUCUCUCUCGUCUAUCGAAAUCAUCGCUCACACUCCGGAACCGAUCCCCAUCCCCAUCCCCAUCCCCAUCCCCAUCCCCAUCCCGGAAUCAACUUCAGCUCCAUCACUAACAUCUAACCCUAACCCUAGUCCUGUUCAAUUCUUCCCCUUCUCCGUUCCCAAGAAGCCAAGGAGAGGCCCUCCACAACGCGGGAGUGCAAGGACUUCGUUUCAUAUCCUUCCACCACCACUUCCUCCCCAUUAUCUCUCCUCCGACACCACCACCAUCACCGCAACCAAUGUCAGCAACAACAAUUUUUCCCAUCCAUCUUCUUCUUCUUCUUCAAUGUUAAACCCUAAUAAUUACUCUCUGCCUGAUUUUAGUGAUGAGAUCAUAGUGAUCAACAAGGAGUCGACGGCCGAGGCAUUAAUUGCGCUCUCUGCGGGGUUCCCUGCUGAUUCCCUCACUGACGAGGAAAUUGAGGCAGGUGUUGUUUCUGUCGUAGGUGGCAUCGAGCAGGUCAAUUACACCAUCAUACGCAAUCACAUUAUUGCUAAAUGGCGCGAGAAUAUCUCAAAUUGGGUGAAUAAGGAGAUGUUCAUCAACAGCAUACCAAAGCACUGUAAUUCUCUCCUGAAUUCAGCUUAUAAUUAUUUGGUUUCCCAUGGAUAUAUUAAUUUUGGGGUUGCCCCAGCAAUUAAGGAGAAAAUUCCGGCCGAGCCUAGCAAGCCAAGCAUUGUGAUCAUAGGUGCUGGGCUUUCUGGUUUGGCUGCAGCACGCCAGUUAAUGAGAUUUGGCUUCAAGGUGACAGUUUUGGAGGGUAGGAAGCGCGCUGGUGGCCGGGUUUACACAAAGAGAAUGGAGGGUGGGGGCGGGAACAAAGUAAGUGCUGCUGCGGAUUUAGGUGGUAGUGUAUUGACAGGUACAUUGGGUAACCCACUUGGGAUUUUGGCACGGCAGUUGGGGCAUUCCCUUCAUAAAGUGAGAGAUAAGUGUCCACUUUACCAAAUGGAUGGGAAGCCAGUUGAUUUAGAUUUGGAUAGGAAGGUGGAGACUGCAUUCAACCGUUUGUUGGACAAGGCUAGUAGGCUUAGGCAGUUGAUGGGAGACGUUUCAGUUGAUGUAUCACUAGGGGCAGCAUUAGAGACAUUUAGGCAGGUUUAUGAUGACGCUGUGAAUGGGGAGGAGAUGAACUUGUUCAAUUGGCAUUGUGCAAAUUUGGAGUAUGCUAAUGCUGGGUUAUUGUCAAAACUUUCACUCGCCUUUUGGGAUCAAGAUGAUCCAUAUGAUAUGGGAGGGGAUCACUGCUUCCUGCCUGGAGGGAAUGGGAGGCUUGUUCAAGCUCUGGCAGAGAAUGUGCAAAUUUUGUAUGAUAAAACAGUGCAUACUAUCAGGUAUGGCAGUGACGGAGUGCAGGUCAUUGCAGGGAAUCAAGUUUUUGAGGGUGAUAUGGCUUUGUGCACCAUUCCACUUGGGGUUUUGAAGAGUGGGUCUGUUAAAUUUAUUCCUGAGUUGCCUCAGAGAAAGCUUGAUGGGAUGAAGAGGUUGGGAUAUGGUUUGUUGAACAAAGUUGCUAUGCUUUUUCCUUACGUAUUCUGGGAGAUGGAUCUUGAUACCUUUGGGCAUCUGACUGAUGAUGCAAGCACUCGAGGGGAGUUCUUUUUGUUUUAUAGCUAUUCGCCGGUUGCUGGUGGACCUCUCGUGAUUGCUUUAGUAGCAGGAGAGGCUGCACACAAGUUUGAGAGCAUGCCCCCAACUGAUGCAGUGACCAAAGUUCUUCAAAUUCUCAAGGGUAUUUAUGAACCACGGGGAAUCAAUGUCCCUGAGCCCAUCCAGACUGUCUGUACUAGAUGGGGUAGUGAUCCAUUUUGCCUUGGCUCUUACUCUAAUGUUGCUGUUGGUGCAUCCGGGGAUGAUUAUGAUAUAAUGGCAGAAAGUGUGGGAGAUGGAAGACUUUUCUUUGCAGGGGAGGCCACUAAUAGGCGAUACCCAGCAACUAUGCAUGGAGCAUUUCUUAGUGGGCUUCGGGAAGCAGCAAAUAUGUCUCGCUAUGCUAGAACUCGAGCAAUGAGGAUGAAGGUUAAUAGGAACCCGUCUAAGAAUGCGUAUUCUUGUGCUUCCCUUCUUGCAGAUUUAUUCAGGGAGCCGGAUUUAGAAUUUGGGAGUUUUUCUGUUAUCCUUGGUCGCAAGAAUGUGGAUCCAAAGUCGACGGCGAUAUUAAGGGUGACAUUUAAUGAGCCUCGAAAGAAGAACCUGGAAGGGUCAAAGCCAAAUCAGAAGCAUUCCCAUAAAGUGCUUUUUCAACAGCUCCAGUCACAUUUCAAUCAGCAACAACAGCUUCAUGUUUACACUUUAUUAUCAGAACAGCAAGCCCUUGAGCUUAGGGAGGUAAGAGGCGGUGAUGAGAUGAGGUUGAAUUACCUUUGCGAAAAUCUAGGAGUGAAGCUGGUGGGAAGAAAAGGUUUGGGGCCUACUGCUGAUUCUCUAAUUGCUUCCAUAAGAGCUGAGAGAGGCCACCGAAAACCUGCUUCAACUUCAGUGGCUCUGAAAUCAGGUGGGCGGGGUGCCUCUAAAUUGAAAACAGGAAAUUUGAAGCAAAAGUUGGUAAGGAGGGCAAAAGUAGUAAGCAACAAUAAUAAGUUGGUACCUCCUCCCUCUUCAAACAUGAUAAUCGGAAAUACUUUGGCUUCUGAGCUCAAUAUGAACACUGUAAACAGCAAUAAGAUAGUAGCCCCUCCUAUUUCUGAGAUUGUUAAUGGUAUUGCUUCCGAGGAAUUCAUGACCACAAAUCAGACACCUCAGAGCAUAUCUGGUUCAGGACAAUAUCAACAUGAUGGGAUGACGCAAUGAACGGAGACCAUUUUCCUUUUAAGAGUUCACUUCUUACAUGACUUGGCCUGGCACCUCGUCGUUAAUGGACUCUUUUCUAAAGUGGCAAAGUUGGCAAGAGAGAUGCAAUGGAUUAGGAAUCGGAUCUCAAGCCUCAUUCCAAUAGUGAAGAGCGCAUGAUUUGGAAAGGCUUGGCAUUCCAAAUCAAGACCUUCUAUGACAUUCUUUUACAAGGUUCUGGUGGAGGCUCAAAGACUUCCCUUGGAUUGCCAAGUUUGGCAAUCAAGGUCCCAAAAAAAGUUGCUUUCUCGGCUUGAAAAAACAUCUUGGGAAAGAAUCCGACUCUAGAACACCAUCAAACGAGAGGAACCACUUUUCCUAACGGGUGCUUUUUGUACAAUUCAUGUGAAGAAACUUUGCCAUGCUUAAUGCUCCAUGAAGACCAUCUUGAGAUAGACUACCCUCAAAUUUAAUGGGAAUGAAUCUGCUGUAGCAAAAGCAAUGGAGGAAGAGAGCUCAAAGUGUUAUUGCCUGGCAGCACGGAGAAAUAGGCUUCUAAAAUCAAUUCCUUUAGCCGUUUUCUAGAUUGCGUGGAAGGGAAGAAACAAGAGAGCCUUUGGAAAGAACAAUGAUAUUGUGAAGAAUAAACAAUUUUUUUAGCAUUUAUACUUAUUUUAAUGCAUCUAUUAUUUAGAUGAAAAUUCUGUUUAGUACAUGAAAUUAUUCUUUGUUUUUUCCUGGGAAGCAUCCCCUCGUGCCAUCAUUAAUAAAUUCAUCUUUGCUGUUCAAAACAA